AUGAGCAGCAGCCACUCUGAGACGGAGGAGCCCUCGGGCCACAAGAACACCGCCACCGAGGACGACACUUCCAUGCUCACCCAACACUCUGAGUACGUCACCGAGCUGCUUGGCGAACGUGCUCGUCUCGGCAAACCGGAACAGCCCUUCAAGCAUCUGCCGCGUCUCAUCGAGGCCGAGAUCAACCGCUUUCUGGGAAGCAUGACCACGGAGAGCAGCCGCACCGAAAAACUGCCGAAGCGCAUCAUGCUCCAGGAGAAGUUGAUCGUGCCCGUCGACAAGUACCCCAAGUAUAACUUUGAACCGCUGAACGUGAUUGUCCAAUGUGAGGACUACGAAGAUGUGUGCAGGAAGAAGCUGGAGUACGCGAUCGACAAGGUCAACGUUCUUCUGAACCCUCCGCCGGAGGGCAAAGAUGAGCUGAAGCGUAAGCAGCUGAUUGACCUCUCCAUCAUCAAUGGCACAUACCGCCCGACGGUGGCUACGAAACCUCACUCGGGCUCGCACAAUCGCAGCCAUCUCUCUAGCCCAGCGGACAGCUACCACUACAGUCCUCGCGGAAGGCUUGAGCGCGAGCCACCGAUGCUGGACCUCCAGAAACUGCUCAAUUUGCUGUCGCCGAAAUCUACCAAUGGGCAAAGG